UAUUUUGCAAGUCUUUUGACCGGAGUUGGACCGGAAGCUGGGCAGUCCUGACCGACAGCCCCCCGUCAGUUCACGGUAACUCCUCCGUCCUCUAACAGCGCAAACGGACUCAAAAUGCUCUCCUACAUCUUCGGCCUCAUCCGAGGCGGCCUGGACAGCGUCAUCAACCUCAUCUUCAGACUCUUCUUCUCCAAGAGGAGACCCGCCAUCACCUUGGAGGACCCCAACAUCAAAUACGCGCUGCGCCUCAUAGAUAAGGAGAUCGUGAGUCACGACACCAGGAGGUUCCGUUUUGCGCUGCCCUCCCCGGAGCACGUCCUGGGCCUCCCUGUAGGACAGCACAUCUACCUGUCUGCAAAGAUCGACGGGAAGCUGGUGGUCCGGCCGUACACCCCCGUGUCCAGCGACGACGACAAAGGUUCAGUCGACCUGGUGGUGAAGGUUUACUUCAAAGGCAUCAACCCAAAGUUUCCGGAAGGAGGGAAGAUGAGUCAGUACCUGGAGAGCCUCAAGAUCAACGACACCAUCGACUUCAGAGGCCCCAGCGGGCUCCUGGUCUACAGGGGCAGAGGGGUUUUUGACGUCCAGCCGGAAAAAAAGUCCCCGGCCGUGAAGAAGACGGCCAAACAUGUGGGCAUGAUCGCUGGAGGAACAGGAAUCACUCCGAUGCUGCAGAUCAUCACAGCCAUCAUGAAGGAUCCCCAGGACCCAACGGUGUGUCACCUGCUGUUUGCAAACCAGACGGAGAAGGACAUCCUGCUGCGACCGGAGCUGGAGGAGAUUCAGGUCAAGCAUCCGGACCGCUUCAGGCUGUGGUUCACCGUGGACAGAGCGCCUUUGGACUGGGAGUACAGUCAGGGCUUCAUCGAUGAAGACAUGGUCCGGGAGCGUCUGCCCCCUCCCGGCGAGGACACCCUCAUCUUGAUGUGCGGCCCCCCUCCCAUGAUCCAGUUUGCCUGCAACCCAAACCUGGACAAAGUGGGUCACUCCGAGAGCCGCAGGUUCACCUUCUGAAGACGUUCUUGUUUGCUCCAAAGCGCUACGUUAGUUGGAAUUGCACUGUUUGUUUUUUGCCAUGGUGUUCAAAGAGGAAGCUGGAAGGACCAACGAGGGGAGAUUUAAGCUCGAGUGCCUUAAACACAGCAAAGCUUUCGUACCUUUAAAGCCGUUUGUAUGAAUGCUUCACUGCUGAUUUGCAAACAUUAAAGCCAAACCGCUGCUCCGUGUUGUCUGAGGAACAUUUUAAUAUCAUCAAAUCAAUGUAUUUGGUAUAAACAUCCCAAAAUAAAAAGGUUUAUUUUCCCGUACCACAAAUUUCACACUU